UCCAUCUUCAGCUUACACUCACCUCUCUUCCUCAUUCAGCUCUGGUUCAAUUUUGGAAUUGCAAUUAUUCGAGCCCAAGAGAAUUCGAUCUUUGCAAAGAACGAAAGAAUAUCCAAGUAGCUAAGCUAAGAACUUCAAAAUGUUGGAACAAACUGUCGACUUGGCUGUUGUUGGUGGUGGACCCACUGGUCUCUUGACGGCUCUUCUCGCGAAACGACUUGGAGCUUCAGUCCUUGUCCUUGAAACCAAGCCCCAGCCCCUGCAGCUAGGUCGUGCAGAUGCAUUGAAUGCCAGAAGUCAACAAGUCCUGGAAGUCGUUGGCAUCCUCGACGAGCUCUUGGCCCAGGGACUCAAAUGCAACACGAGUUCCAUCUUCGCAAAUGGAGAAUUCACUGCUCGCCGCAGCCACUGGUGGGAGAACCUGCAGAAUGUCCACCACAAGAACUUCUUGAUGAUUGGACAGCCCAUUGUCGAGCAGCUGCUGGCUGCCGCGCUUGGCGACUCAAUUGUCUUUUCCGAGCCAGUAGAGUCUGUGCGUGAGACCUCGACAGGCGUUGAUGUAACAGCAGUAUCUGGCCGCAUCGUCCACAGCACCUACUGUGUUGCCUCAGACGGAGCCCGCUCCAUGGUCCGCCAGUCGCUUGGCAUUCCUUUCACUGGUACUAAGCCUGAGAUGACAUGGGCUGUGCUUGAUUGCUUCAUCGACAGCGACUUCCCUCGCGUGCCGGAGAUUAUUACCUUUGAGCUGGACGGACAAUCCCGCGUUGCAUGGAUUCCUCGAGAGCGGGACCUGUGCCGAUUCUACAUCUUACUGGACGGAGAAAUCACGGAGGAAAAGUCAAAGGCGUCGAUCAAGGCGCACUUGGCUCCUCACAGAGUCGAGUUUACUAAGACUGAAUGGUUCAGCACUUUUGAAGUCAAGGAGAGACUUGCCGAGACCUUUGUGUCACAAAGCCGCAACGGUCGAAUCAUCCUUGCCGGUGAUGCUGCACAUGCGCACUCCGUCAACGGCGGACAGGGUCUCAACACUGGCCUUUCAGAUUCCUUCGGUCUUGGAUGGCGCUUAGGUUAUGUCUUGGCCCAUGCCAACGAGCUGCAGCCAGGGGCUGCGCACAAGAUCAUUGCUAGUUUCGACACGGAGCGCCGCAAAGUUGCAGGGAACGUCAUUUCAGUUGCUGCGCGUCUUGUGCGAGAUACUCAGCACGAGGGUGAGCAAUAUGUCGGCAAUGUGGAGAAGCAUGCCGCAUACAUUACAGGAAUGGGUAUUACCUACAGCGGCCUUGAGUCAGAAAUCGUGCAGGAGUCGGGUACUGGUGCCUGGAAGGCGGGCAACCCCUGCCCUGACUUUGACUUGGUUGCUGCGGGAGACUCUACUCCCAAGCGCCUCUACAGCUCGGUCCCAUAUGGCAACUUUUUGUUCCUUGUGAAGGGUGACAUUACUGAUCAUGUUGGCAAGUUUGGUAAGCUCGUUACCGAUAUCAAGCUGGUGCCCAAGCACGCCAUCCAAGGUAGCACCGGUGGAGACAAGGCCCUGGUCUACGGCACUGACUUUGUGGCCGAUGACGAUUCCUUCGUUGCAGCCGUGGUUCGCCCCGAUAUGUACGUCGGAUAUUCGGGCUCAGUAGAUGGAGCGGUGAAGUACUUGGAAGAGUUGUUCGCUCCUGCAAAAUAAAUGUGCUCAUAAAGGAAAAUAUAUAUAUAAAUUUAUGUCUUACUAGAAUUCAAUAGACUGCUCAAGAUUCUCUUUACUGUUCACUCAAGUUAAAGCUAGUUGUUUAUCACCGGGCAAUAAACGCUACUGAGUAAUUUCAGAUACCCUCUCAAAAAAUUGUUUCAAAACCUCACAAUACAAUGGGUUCUACCAACACAGCAACCAUUGAAUCCAAAAACCUCUUCGAUGUCUCCGGUCUCGUCGCUGUAAUUACCGGCGGAGGUUCUGGUAAGUAAUAUACAAUUUCCUCCACACUUCUCAUCCUGUGAGAUUCACCCGCCUCAACAUCUCCUUUGGCAUAACCUUGUCCGGAUAUAGAGUUAGGAAUUGAUGAUCAUAUUUACGACUAUCAUUCAGGAAUUGGUCGUAUGAUCACCCGUGCUCUUGCCGCAAAUGGAGCACACAGAGUCUAUAUUAUUGGUCGUCGUGUGAGCGUUCUGGAAAAGACAGCCACAGAAUUUCCCGACAUCGUCAAGGCUCUGGAGUGUGAUGUCACCUCCAAAGAGUCGCUCAAGGCCGCCGCCGACCUUAUCCAGAGCGAGGUUGGAUACAUCAACCUUUUGUGGUGUAACUCGGGAACUUCUGGACCCGAAUCUAAGACCCUAAACAACAACUCUUCGCUAGAAGAGUUUAUUGAAGAGAACUGGAAACACUCUGUGGAUGAGUACGCCGACACCUUCAAAAUUAACACUGCUGGUUUUUGGUACACUUCGCUUGCCUUCCUGAAGCUUCUCGAUG